GCACGGAGCGCAUCCUCACUGUGCCCGCCGUUUGGGAAUUAGGAUUCAGUUCUGUUUGCCUGUCAGCGCCAAGCCGGCCGAGCUCUGCAGUAAGAGUGGUAGAGAAAGAUAUAGGCAGAGAGAGUAGGGAGAUGGGUCCGGAGACGGUGAGAUAUCCGUGAUUGUCAAGUGAACGGCGGCGAAGUUCUUCGGCUCCGCUCGGAUCUUUUCUCCAGGUCGUUGAGUGUGUGAGUGUGUGUUCAGCAUGAGUAACAUCUAUGAGUCUGCAGAGGCCACGCUCGGCUUCAUCAGCUCUCCAUGCCUCACCAAGGUGGAGCUGAGAGUGGCCUGCCGGGGCAUCUCGGACCGCGACGCCCUCUCCAAGCCCGACCCCUGCGUGGUGCUGAAGAUGCAGUCGCACGGGCAGUGGUUUGAGGUGGACCGGACAGAGGUGAUCCGCAGCAGCAUCAACCCGGUCUUCUCCAAGAUCUUCCUGGUGGACUUCUACUUUGAGGAGGUCCAGCGGCUCCGCUUUGAACUCCAUGACAUCAGCUCUGCCCACAAUGGCCUCCGCGAUGCCGACUUCCUGGGAGCCAUGGAGUGCACCUUGGGACAGAUCGUCUCACAGCGGAAACUGACCAAAGCUCUACUCAAGCAGGGAAACACCGCUGGCAAGUCUUCCAUUACGGUAACAGCAGAGGAGUUGUCUGGUAACGAUGAUUAUGUUGAACUCUCCUUCAGUGCUCGUAAGCUAGAUGACAAGGAUUUCUUCAGCAAGUCCGACCCUUUCCUGGAGAUCUUCAGAAUAAACGAUGACGGGUCUGGGUCACUCGUUCACAGAACUGAGACGGUCAUGAACAACCUGAGCCCAGUUUGGAAAUCCUUCAAAGUUUCCUUGAACACACUCUGCAGUGGCGACCAUGACAGGGAGCUAAAGUGCACCGUAUGGGACUGGGACUCUAAUGGCAAACAUGAUUUCAUUGGGGAGUUUCAGACCACCUUCAAAGAGAUGAGAGCAGAGCAGGAGGGCAAGCAGAUCCAGUGGGAGUGCAUCAACCCUAAAUAUCAAAUGAAGAAGAAGAACUACAGAAACUCUGGCGUUGUCAUCCUCAACCACUGUAAGAUCAUAAAAAUGUAUUCCUUCCUGGAUUACAUCAUGGGAGGCUGUCAGAUCCAGUUCACAGUGGCAAUAGACUUCACAGCGUCCAAUGGGGACCCCAGGAACAGCUGCUCGCUCCACUACAUCCACCCCUACCAGCCCAACGAGUACCUCAAGGCCCUGGUGGCGGUGGGGGAGAUCUGCCAAGACUACGACAGUGAUAAGAUGUUUCCAGCGUUUGGCUUUGGAGCCCAGAUACCACCUGACUUCAAGGUUUCACACGAUUUCGCUGUGAACUUUGAUGAGGACAAUCCUGAGUGUGCCGGAAGUAUUUUUGGCUCCAAAAUAGAGAGAACAACAACACUAAUCUGUAUGUGUGAAAUGGGUCUCUCCUCGCUUCUUCUCACACAGCUGCAUUCCUGCCGUGAAGGAAUCCAAGGUGUGGUGGAGGCCUACCAGAAUUGUCUCCCUAAAAUCCAGUUGUACGGGCCCACCAACAUUGCCCCAAUCAUCCAGAAAGUGGCCUCUUCUGCCUCCGAAGAGAUGCACACUAAGGAGGCCAUGGAAUAUUUUAUCCUGCUGAUCCUGACGGACGGCGUCAUCACCGACAUGGCGGACACACGGGAGGCCAUCGUGCACGCCUCUCACCUGCCCAUGUCCGUCAUCAUCGUUGGGGUUGGCAACGCCGACUUCACCGACAUGCAGAUGCUGGACGGGGACGACGGGAUCCUGCGCUCACCCAAGGGCGAGCCCGUCCUCCGCGACAUUGUCCAGUUCGUCCCUUUCAAGGACUUCAAGCACGCCUCCCCGGCUGCACUGGCUAAGAGUGUUUUGGCAGAGGUCCCGAACCAGGUUGUGGAUUACUACAACGCUAAAGGCAUCAAACCCAAGUGUAUGUCUGACUAUGAGUCCACAAGGACCUUCAGCCCCUGACAAUGGACUGCACACACACAUAUACACAAACACACACAUAUGUACUGUAUAAUACAUACACACAUGUGAAAGCACAAAUACACACACACACUUACACACACACACAUACACUCAUCCCAUACUUGUCAUACAUACAGUAGGCUAGCUCAGAGAAUUAGCUCGUUCUGGUGAUUUUGAACUAUUCCAUUGAUGACUAUUGCAUGUUUGGCCACAGUGGCGUCAUCUGGGAAAUGAUCCCUGUCUAUAUCAGAGAUAUGUUUAUAGAAAUAAGAGCAGUCUUUUGAACAAGCAUGCAGACUCCAACCAUAGCCCACCCAAAGAAAUGACACUCCUACCUUAUUUAGAUAACUAGCAAGUACAUAGACCAAAAGAUCUGUGACAAGGCAAGCCCUAAUAUGUGAGUGCAUAAUAAUCCCGAAUGCUUAGAAUUAGCCUCGCAAAUGUAAAUCUAUGAGAAUGAUAGUGUACCUGCUAGUCUACUGCGAAAAUGCAUGUAUUAUUCAGCUCCAGCUACUAUCCGAUUUCCACUAGCCGCUUGCUAGUUAUGAAAUAAAGUAUCUUUGUCAUUUGAGUGACAUUCAGGGUUGUCUUGGGUGCUUUGGGUUCUUUUCUACAGAUUUGUUUGAGAUUUUGCUAAAAGGAAAUGAACAAAAUGAAUAAUUGUAAUAAUUUCUUAACCUUCUUACAUUGUAAAGAGUUUCGGGAGGAUAGCCAAGCGUGUGUGGUAGACGCUCAUCUGUGUGCUGAAGACCAGUUUUUUUCUGUAUUCUGCAUGCUGAUUAUAAUAAAGACACUAUGGUUUUCUCCCUUG